AUGUUCCCUUGUAAACAGACUUUUUUGACUAUAACAAAAAAUGAUUAUUUUAAUUGUUUCAAACAGCAAAAUUUUAUUCUAAUAUUUUUGAUUAUUAGGUAUCAAGAAGAGAGGCAAAAUGUUCUAAAAAGGGCAAUGAAAAUGCAAUUUGAACAACAUCCAAUGCUUUUACGUGAUGCAUUAUUAAUAAGUUGUUCCCGCUUUUCUUCAAUUGAAGCAGAAUUACAUAUUGGAGUAAGAGAACGUGAUUUACGACUUUGGUUAUCUCAUGUACAACAAGAUACUAAACAAUUAAUGGAUAUUUGCCUUCGGCCAUUGGCUUUCCGUCCACCAUAUAUUGGAGGAAAUAGACUAGGAUUUUUGUUGAUGGAACUUCGGAGAGAAUUUAUUUUGUCUGGUGUUUUUCCACAUCAAUUACCUGAAAUGUCUCAAAAUGUUGAUAUAUUACUGGGAUCUGAAUCGCCAAUGGAGAAUUAUUCAGUGACUGCCCCGUUUUCUAUUCUUGAUGAAAUUAAUUUUCGUGCAAUUUGGGCUAACCCAUAUUUGUUAAUGUUAAAACUACAGUUGGAAGAAGAAGAAGGUAGUAGAUCCGAAUCUUCAGAAUUUUCGGCUGAACAAUGGGAAAAGGCUGCAAUGUCUAAAAAACAGUCAGCAAUGUUAAUUUCAAGAGAUGAACCCCAAAUAAAUACAUUUUUUGAACGCCUUUUCAUUGGUAAUCAAACAAAAGAAAAUGAUGCUCCUAUUGAAAAUGGUAUAAGAAUAAAUGGAAUUUAUCACUCUCAAACAGAUUUGCCUGGUAUUGAUGAAAUGCCAAUUGAAAUGCUUCGAUCGAUUUAUAUAAAGGUUUAUUAUUGUUUUUAUUUUCAAAAUAAUUUUUGA